AUGGAGCAGCAAUUGCGUGCUUGGCUACGCUAUUCGUUUGCCUUUGGGCUUUACAUGAGUCCAAACCUGAAAACAACUUACAUAAACAACAGAGCUGCCGCGCACAGCAAGCGUCUAGCAUGGCUUGAGCGCAAGCCAAUCGUAACAAAACAACGUUUGAAGGAAAUUUGUCUGUACAUACAGCUGGUCGGAAUUUGUGUAGUCUUUGUGAAAGGGCUGGUUUCAUUGAAACCCAUACCGGGCAUGGCCAGCGAAGCAGUGAGCACUCUGUUAUACGCUUUACAAGCGUUAACUUGUAUAAUCAUUGUGGCUGAAGGUCUGUGGCGUCAACAGCAGCAGGAAGCAUUCUUGCGGCUGCUACACGAAAUUGAAUUCUCACUGAAGCUACGGCUGCGAGAAGACAUUAAAUUGCAUUGUUGGAUAUCUUGUGCGCGUUGGCACCUACAAUAUCUGCUUUGGCUAUCGCUCAUCUGCUUCGUUGUUGCGGUUUAUUAUUUUAUGGAAUUACAACAUAUGGCUUACUAUUGGCAUGCCAUUUGGUAUAACACUAUCAUACGUCUACGUAUCAUACAGUUAUGCGUUUACGUGUGUGUCUUGCGAAAUUAUAUGGCGUGUCUUUGCAUGAAAUUGCAACAGCUUGUUGCCUACCGUACGGCGCCAAACCAACAGCUGUUGGAUGUUAACUAUGAAAAACUGCAAACUUUGGCAUAUCUCUUGGCCAUUAAGGAUAUCUAUGACUUGCUGUACAAGGCAUUUGAGCUGCUCUGUGAAUUCGCUGGCUGGUCACUCUUUGCUAUAAUAACCUCUUGUAUUUUGGACUAUAGUUGUACGCUCUAUUGGAUACUGCUAAGCUUUGAGGGCUUUAUGGAGACUUCCGCCUACUAUGUGGCAGGUUUUUGGUGGUUGGUACCUAUGACCGCUACCAUCUGGCAUAUUUGUUACCUGUGUCAUAAAUGUUCGCAACUUGAUCGCUUGUUAGCCGCUAGAUUGCGUCGUCUAUUAAUUAUGAGUUCUUCGCAGUCCAUGCGUUCUUAUCGUAUUUUAUUGCAGUUAUUCUGCACACAGUUAGAGUUGCAGUGCAUUGUAGUGACCGGAAGUAAUUUCUUUAUAUUAGACUUGCGUUUGGUAACAGCGAUUUUAGCAACUAUGACUUCGCAGAUGGUGAUGUUAAUACAGUUUCUGUGUGCUUGA